AGGGAAAAGGCAGGGAGGUAGCUAGCACUUCCCUCCCGCAGAUGGUAAAGGGCUACUUAUAUGGUGAAAAGGUGGUGGGAGUACAACCUGUAAAUAAACCUCCCUGGUGGUUACUGAACGCAGGGUCUCCGAGUGACUUUCUCAUCCCAACAGGGGCAGGAGCCAAGAGGGCUCUGCAGCACCUUGUUACAUGUGGGUGCUUGUCUGGUACAUCUUUUGCCAGAGCAAGAGUUUGGCAGCCUGGAUAUGGGGGAGACCCUGCAGUGGCUAGUAAAGCAGCAGGAAGAGGUGUAAAAGGCUAUGAAAUCCUUUUAUCAGUCUCACCAGCUGGAGAGGCAGGCCUUGCUCAACUGGCAAGCCAAGCAGCAGAAGAGCCUGCAGGACUUUAUAGGAGAACAGACCAGCAUACAACAGCAGCUCCUCCAGAAGAUGAUGGAAUGGGAGGAUGUGACUCUGCAACUGAGCUCGUGGCUGCUGUUUUUACUGCAAAAGAAGGCCACGGACCUUACAACGCUACCAUGGAGGUUCUGGACUUUGAUAUCUUUCCUAGCAGCCUAAAUCUGGCUUCCAGGACAUUUCUCCUACCUUUUCCUAUGCUAAUGGUAGUGACGUACCACAACCACAGGCUCCUCUCCAGCACUGCACAUAAGUCUGUCCAGAUGUCUUGAGAAAUCAGCAGCCUUCUCACCACACAGGCAAUUCACAUUGUAGCUCUCCCAGUCAUCACAAACCCAGCUAUCUAGAUUUCUAA